UACUGAGGCCGUUAUCGCACAUCUGGAAGCGGUGCGGCGCCUGUCUCUUUCCUCCGAGGCCACUACACCGGCGGCAGCGACAUAUUUCCUCGUGUGUGGGCCUGAAAUAAGCAACACCGAAGGCUGCCUCUCAUCCUUAUCCACACUCUGAACCUCUAAACACACAAGAUGAAGAGCUGGGAGGUGCGUGAAGCCUUCCUGGAGUACUUCCGUAAAGACCAUGACCACACUUACCACCACAGCUCCUCUACCAUACCCCACGAUGACCCCACACUGCUGUUUACCAACGCAGGUAUGAACCAGUUCAAGCCCAUCUUUGUUGGGUCAGUGGAGCCCACCAGCCCCCUGGCAGGCCUGGUGCGGGCAGUCAACUCGCAGAAGUGCAUCCGGGCAGGUGGGAAACACAACGACCUGGACGAUGUUGGGAAGGACGUUUACCACCAUACCUUCUUUGAGAUGCUGGGCAACUGGUCAUUUGGCGACUACUUCAAGAAGGAGGUGUGUGCCUGGGCCUGGGAGCUGCUAGUAGACCGCUUCCGCCUGUCAAAGGACCGGCUGUACGUCACCUACUUUGGCGGUGCCCCCGACCAGGGCCUGGAGCCAGACCUGGAGUGCCGGCAGAUCUGGUUGGACCUGGGCCUUCCUUCAGAAAGGAUUCUCCCAGGCAGCAUGAAGGACAACUUCUGGGAGAUGGGGGAGACCGGGCCGUGUGGGCCUUGCUCUGAGAUCCAUUAUGACAGGAUUGGUGGUCGCGAUGCUGCCCAUCUGGUGAACCAGGAUGACCCAGAUGUACUGGAGGUGUGGAACCUUGUGUUCAUGCAGUUCAACCGUGAGGCAGACAGCUCCCUGCGCACCCUGCCCAAGAAGCACAUUGACUGUGGUUUAGGCCUGGAGCGACUGGUGUCCAUCCUGCAGAACAAGACUUCAAACUAUGACACUGACCUCUUCACACCCAUUUUUGAUGCAAUUCAGCAGGUGGCCGGAUGUGAGUCCUACAAGGGCCGUGUGGGCGCCGCUGACACCAACGGCGUGGACAUGGCCUACCGUGUGGUGGCCGAUCACCUCCGUACUCUGACAGUGGCCCUGAGUGAUGGUGGCAUGCCUGACAACACUGGGCGAGGCUAUGUGCUGCGGCGCAUCCUGCGUCGUGCAGUGCGCUAUGCCUCAGAGAAGCUGGGCAUGCGUCCCGGUGCCCUGGGCAGUCUUGUGGGAGUGGUGGUUGAGCUACUGCACAAACCUUUCCCAGAGGUGGCCCGUGAUCCCCAGGGGUUGCAGGAUGUGAUAGAUGAGGAGGAGCGACAGUUCCUUCGGACACUGGAACGUGGCCAGCGGGUGUUGGGGCGAGCAGUGCAGCGCCUUGGGAGUGCUGGCGGUAAAGUGGUGCCAGGGGAGGUUGCCUGGCGCCUCUAUGACACAUAUGGGUUCCCGCCAGACCUGACGCGCCUCAUGGCUGAGGAGCGGGGUCUAGGAGUGGACGAAACCGAAUUCGAGGAGUGCCGACGGGCUGCCCAGGAACGCUCUCGUGGUGGCCAGCAGGGGCAGGAUGACUCCCGCCGCCUUGAUGUGCACGCCAUUGAUGAUCUGCGUGCCCGUGCCAUUGCCUUCACGGACGACUCCCCCAAGUUUGCAUACUCUGCUGGCUGCGCCCCCGACUCUGACUACUACUUUGAACCGUGCAAGGGCCGUGUGGUGGCCAUCCGGUGCGAGGGCCACUUUGUGGAGGCUGCCUCCUCAGGUCAGCGCUGUGGAGUUAUGCUGGAUCGGACCAACUUCUAUGCAGAAAGUGGUGGCCAAGAACACGACGAGGGCUUCAUGACAAAGGUGGAUGACCCUGAAACAGAGUUCAAGGUGGAGGACGUGGAAGCUCGCGGCGGUUAUGUGUGCCACCUGGGCGUGGUGGAGGGCAGCCUCCGCGUGGGUGAUGAAGUGACACUGUCCCUUGACACCCACCGCCGCCGACACCUCAUGAACAACCACACAGGUACCCACAUCCUUAACUAUGCCCUGCGGCAGGUGCUGACAGCCGAAGCAGAUCAGCGGGGCUCCCUUGUGGCCCCAGAUCGCCUGCGGUUUGAUUUCACGAGCAAAGGUGCGCUGACCUCAGCAGAAGUGCGCCGUGUGGAAGAGAUGGCCCGGACCAUGGUGGAGGAGAACAAGCCGGUGUUUGCCAAGACAGCGCCUCUGGCUGUGGCACGCUCUAUCCAGGGCCUCCGAGCAGUGUUUGGGGAAGUAUACCCUGACCCUGUGCGGGUGGUGGCUGUUGGCGUACCUGUGGAACAGCUAGAGGCUGACCCCCAGGGGCCUGCUGGAGCCUCUACCAGCGUGGAGUUUUGUGGUGGCACACACCUGGUGCAGGCAGGCCAUGCCAGGGACCUUCUCAUCGUGAGUGAGGAAGCCAUUGCCAAGGGCAUCCGGCGAGUAGUGGCCGUGACAGGCCCCGAGGCUGUACGUGCCCUCUCCCGCGCUGCACACCUGGAGGAGGAAAUAAGCAGCCUCAAGGCCCAUGUUGAGGCUGAGCGGCCGCCACUGCGUGAAGUGGUGCGGCAAGUGACUGCCCUCCUGGACCAGGUCAACACAGCCCAGAUCCAGCACUGGAGGCGGGAGGAGCUGCGCCGCCAGCUGGAGCUCAUCAAGAAGGCCGAAGCAGAUGCUGACCGAGCUCGCAAGACAGCCAUUUCCAAGCAGGCAGUGCAGGCCACCCGGGAACUGCUGGCUGCCAAUCGUGAUGUGGCCUACUUGGUGGUGGAGCUGCCUGCCUUCGCCCAGAACAAGGUGCUAAAUGAUGCCCUCAAGGAGGUGAAGGGUGGCCCACCUGCCCUCUUCCUCAGUGCUGACCCAGAUGCCGGCAAGAUCCUGGCUAUGUCAGCUGUGUCUGCCAAGACUGCGGCCAGCGGCCUUCGCGCCAACGAGUGGGUUAAGCAUCUAGAGCCACUGCUGGCAGGGCGUGGUGGUGGGAAGCCAGAGUCGGCACAGGUGAGUGGCACCAACGUAGCUGCAUUGCCCGAGGCACUCAAGCUGGCCCACAGCUUUGCUCAGGAGAAGCUGGGCUGUGGCCCUGUCACCCUGGAUCUUUCCUCUGCUAUGUUGGACAAGGCUGUUGCCUCACCCCAGCCACAGAAACCUCAGGACUACGAGGCUGCCUUCCAUCCCACCACCAGCACUCCUCUGUUGUACGGGAACCCCAGCAGCGUGCUGUCCUUGCCAGCGCUGAUGGCAGCCCGCUUCUCUGGCACUAAGCUCAAGGUUGUAGACAACUUCCAGACAGGCAUCACCAACACCAAGCCGCAGUACACCUCCUUGUUUGGGAGGCAGACGGUGCCUGGCCUGCUGCUGCCCAAGAGCUCAUCCCUCACAGGCAGCCUGGCUGCUGCCUGGUACCUGGCCCCAGAGGCCAUGCGGGGCCGGGACCCUGUGGGCCAGGCUCAGGUCCUGGCCUGGAUGACCACUGCAGAGUCCCACCUCCUGCCUUUGGUAGGUGCUGCCCUGGAGCCCAAGAGUGGGGCACGGAAGAGCCUGGAGCAGGAGCUGCAUCGCUUGGAGGCCUUCCUGCUGCACAACACCUACCUGGCGGGGGAGCGGCUCAGCCUGGCAGACCUGUGUAUCUUCUCCGUCCUUGCACCAGCCGUCAAGGGUGGCCUGGUGCCAUCAGGUCGUAACGGUCUGUCAGCCGUCAUGCGCUGGUACAACACUGUUUUGCAUCAGCCUCAGCUAGACGACUUGCCCACAGUUAAGGGGGCUGCCAGCCCCACCAAAAAGCACUGAGUGUUGUUUAGGUUAGAUGAACACAGCUAGGCAAUUGGUCACAUGCCUUGUUAAUUAUUAUUUGUCAUUCUCCUUGUAGUUGUGCAUCAUUUGGGAAGCUUUCAUUGUUAUGGGAGGGUGGGGUGGUGCAGGGCCAGGCAGCAACCUUGCCCGUCCUCAACGGAUUACCUCUUAUGGUGUCUUUUCCAGGGAGGGGUAGACGUGUUGUUUUGUACCAUUAAUAAAGGGUGACAAACAUG